UAUGUGGGUGAUGAAGGAGAAAACGUGGAAUUUUCAUAUAAAAGGAAUUAUUUUUGCGAAACUGGCAAAGUUUUUGAUUUGCGACACAUUCCGUUCAAGUGGUGCUUGAAAGUUCUUCUGAAACUUCUUUGCAGCUCAUUCAUUCCUUUUCCUGUUCCCACAAUCAUGAAAGUUUUAUUUGGCUGCCUGUUGGUCGUCGUUGGGACGCUGCUUCAUACGAAUGCCGUCGUGAUUUCUGAAGAGGAACAAAUGGCGCUGGAAAUUUCCGGAGUGAUGUUGCCACCAAAGAAACUUACAAAAACGAUUGGUGAGCAUCUCCGAGCCAUAAGAAAGUUCUACCCACAAAUGGAGAGGAUUCAACACAGGCCGAAAUGGAUUCCUGGAGAAUUGCUCCUCGCAGCGGACGCCAGUGCGGUGCAGAAGCUCAAUUCCAGUCGGUAUGGACCUGUCAAGACUGCGGAGAAAGUUACUGGAGAGGAGGACUCUUCGUCGACUUUUCACGUUAUCUUUGAUAAGCCAUACCAUCCGGCAAGACUCGUAGAACGGGUCCAAUCCGAACUGGCGAUUCAGGAGGUUGAGGGCAACUUGAUUUUUGGGGAUGGGAAUGACAUCACGUACCACCCGACAGCCCCGACCUAUGCGACCUACACGUUCAAAAUGGGAUGGGGGGAUUGUAGCUCGGGCUGUAUUUAUAAACACUUUUGGGAAUUUUCCGUCGCCCCGUCAGAGGAAACUGUGACCGUCAAGCUGGAGAAGGAGUAUGGAAGUGAUUUGAAUAAUAGGGAAUUUGUCAAGCCGUAAUAAUUGACACAGUCAGAGAGAUCGAGGUUUAAUUUAUUUUGCUAUUACAUUUAUACACUAUUGUUUGAUUGGCGAAUUACUAAAAUGUCAUGCGAAAUGUAUGUAUGAAAUCGUCUAUUGGAGAGGAAUAUGUAUUUAAAUAAAUUUGGUGAAUUUCUAAAGACAUGAAA